UUUUUCCACAUUCCCAGGCUCUGCAUCGAAUAUCCCCCAAGGCAUUAACAUGGAGAACGCCAGCAGCGUGAAGGAAUUCAUCCUCCUGGGCCUCUCGGAGAACCAAGGGCUGCAGAAAAUCUAUUCGGUGCUCUUUCUGGCUUUCUAUCUGAUCACUGUGGCAGGAAAUCUGCUCAUAGUGCUCACUGUCAGCAGCAGCCAGGGCCUCAACUCCCCCAUGUACUUCUUCCUCUGCUCCCUGUCCUUUGUAGACAUCUGCUACUCCUCCACCACGGCUCCCAAACUCAUCGCCGGCCUGCUGGGGGGGAGUAAAAGCAUCUCCUUCGUGGCCUGCAUGGCCCAGCUCUUUGGCUUUCACUUCUUUGGCUGCGCUGAGAUCUUCCUCCUCACGGCCAUGGCCUACGACCGCUACGUUGCCAUCUGCAGGCCCCUCCACUACGCCGCCCUCAUGAGCGACCGCGCCUGCGGCCUCAUGGUGCUGGGCUCGUGGCUCGGGGCCUUCUUCCACUCCACCCUGCAGCUCCUUCUCACUAUUCACCUCCCGUUCUGCGGCCCAAACAAAAUCAAUCACUACAUCUGUGAUGUCCACCCCCUGCUCCACCUGGCCUGUGCCGACACCCGUGCCGUGGGCGCUGCCGAGGUGGUAAACGGUGGUUUGAUAACUCUGAGUGCUUUUGCCAUCCUGGUCUC